AUGAAAAGUAAAAAAUUGCAGCACGGAUGGGUUUGUGUGGUGAGAGGUUCAUUGCGCUGGGAGGAUGAAAUACAUGACGCGUGUGUCGCACUUCGAUAUUUGCUUUUUGACACGGACGAUAAAAAAGAGCACGAUCCAACAUCGUUUUAUGCGAGUCAACUUGAUAUACCAAUAUCCCAACAGCUGAGUGUUUUGGGCGUGAGAGAUGCCUUCUUGGUGAGGCUGGUCAGUAAUCAAACCGGCGCUUUAGUGUGCUAUCCGAGUCCAGGCAAUGUGACACCUGAAGGACAACCUGUCUCAAUGCUCUAUUUGAGGGGACCAGUUAAGUCAAUUUUGCACGCUCGGAGAUAUAUUCAGGGUUUACUGCCUGUGCAGUUAUUUUUUGAUAUCGAAGGUUGUGAUCUGCUCGAGAGGGUUGAUCGGGCACAACGAAAUAUAACGAAAAGGGAUGAUAUUUUUGGAGUCAACAUCACGAUUACAGCAAGUCGCAUCGAAGGUGAACAAAUCAGUGAGGAUGACUUUAUGCGGCAUAUGGUAAUGAUAGAAUCAGGUGAAUUCAACCUGAACAAUGUGUACGCAUUUCGUCAUACUCUCUAUCGUCCUGGUGUCCUAAAAGAGCCAACAGUUAUCACUGAUCAAUACAACUUCUUCGAUCCACUCGUUAAAGAGCUGGUAUUUGCGAAUAAUAAAGUGCUUUUUGAGAGAACUCAGCAUGUGUUCGAAAACUAUCGAGCAAAUACCAUACCUUCACUUAUCUAUUUUCCUGUACAUCCUGCAAACGUUGUUCCGUCGAAUGCUAAUUGGCAUCAGACGGCAGGAAGGGCGUGUGCUGUGCCGUCGAUCCCGCUCGUACAAAACAACAAACCCAGUGGUGUUUAUCAACUUGUAAACGCGACAACUCACUGUGUUUGUCCAAUUCAUACUCCAGGUAUUGUCGAUCGUUUUCUUCUUCUGCACCCAAACGAAACAUCGUUUGAAAAUGACCCAACAAGAUUUACUAACCAUAAGGUAAUCUCUGACAGUCUAUUACUUUAA